UGUUUGGGUUCGUGCUCCUCCAGGGAGUGAGACGGCGACGACGAGGAAAGUUUAUUUUUUGGUGGCGGUUGACCCCCCUCCCCUCCCCCCGCCAUUUGUUUUGAUCUCGGUAUCUGGCGGCUGGAUUUCCCCAGCGGGUAAAACGGGCGGGAAAAGCGGCUCCCGCAGCAGCGCCCGUGGAAAGGAGGUGGGCUCUCCGUGUGCACCGCUGCGAGCGAAGAGGCGACGGCUGCGGCUUCUUGUAGGUGGUAGGUUGGAGAAAGAGAAAAGAUUGGAUGUUCUUCAUGUAUCCACUUCUGUGGUUUGACUUUUGCACUGAAUGUAGCCGGGAUGGGUCCUUUCGGGCUUCAGCAGCCCUGAGAAGCUGUCGAGGCAGAAUUUCGUGUUUCAGCAGAGUUUUGCACAGAUUCUGUUCCCAUGCAAACUGAUGAGGGAGAAAUUUUGUCGGAAGCUGGUUCCAAGGUCAGUGAAUUCACAGAAUGAGACUAGGAUGGAACAUGAGGAUUUUGUAAUGGAAGGGCAUGGCAAGACUCCACCUCCUGGUGAAGAAAACAAACAAGAGAAGGAGCAAGAAAAGGAAGAACAGUUAAUGGAAGACAAGAGAAGAAAGAAAGAGGAUAAGAAAAAGAAGGAAUCUACUCAGAAGGUAAGCCAGGUCACAGAUCAAAAAACCAAAGUGCCCGAAGCGACGAAACCAAGUUUAAGCCAACCAGUGACCGCCAGCCCAAUUGGCAGCUCUCCAUCGCCACCAGUCAAUGGUGGCAACAAUGCCAAAAGGGUGGCAGUGCCGAACGGUCAACCGCCAAGCGCCGCCCGCUACAUGCCUCGGGAGGUGCCGCCGCGAUUCCGUUGCCAGCAGGACCACAAAGUGUUACUGAAACGUGGGCAGCCCCCUCCGCCAUCUUGUAUGCUCCUUGGGAGUGGAGUAGGGCCACCUCCUUCUCCAGCACCUGGAGUAAAUCCAAACAACGCACAACUAGUAACAACAGGAGUGCUGCUGCCAUGUGACAGUGGGACUGCAACAGAUUCAACAACUGGAGGUAGUGCUUCUUCAAAUUAUGCAAAUUCCACUUGGGGUCCUGGAGCCGCCUCCAACAGCACCAAUGCCAACCCAACUCACGUCUGGGACGCGGUGAUUGUAGACAGGUCUGACAUGGAAGAGUGGCCUUGUAUUGCCAGCAAAGAUACUGAGUCUUCUUCCGAAAACACCACAGACAACAACAGUGCCUCGAACCCUGGCUUGGAGAAGAGCACUCUGCCAGGAAGCACCACUAGUAACAAAGGAAAAGGAAAAAACCAGUGCCAGUCUGGAAGCUCUGGUAACGAAUGUAAUCUUGGGGCCUGGAAAUCUGACCCUAAAGCUAAAUCUGUUCAAUCUUCCAAUCCUGCAGCGGAGAGUAAUAGUGGUCUAGCAAGCUGGAGGAACUUGAGUGGGCAGGACAGAAUUGGCCCCAGUUCUGGCUUCAGCAAUUUCAACCCAAAUAGCAACCCAUCUGCUUGGCCAGCACUAAUUCAGGAGGGCAAUUCAAGGAAAGGGACUUCAGAAUCUGAUAAUGGUGGCUCCAAUGCACAGAUUAAUACAGCAGGUCAGACAUCUAGGGAACAGCAGUCAAAGAUGGAAAAUGCGGGUGUUAAUUUUGUCUCUGGCAGAGAACAGGCUCAAAUUCACAACACUGAUGGACCAAAAAAUGGAAACACUAACUCCUUGAACUUAAGUUCACCAAACCCAAUGGAGAAUAAGGGAAUGUCCUUUGAAAUGGGCUUUGGGAACCCCUCCAGGAACACUGAUGCCCCUUCACAAAGCACUGGAGAGAGAAAGACUGGGAGUGUUGGGUCUUGGGGUACAGUUAGGGGGCCUUCUGGAAUGGACAAUGUCUCUGGUCAAAGCAAUUCUGGAAAUCAUGGGAACAAUGGAAAGGAUAGGGAGGACUCGUGGAAGGGAGCUUCUGUUCAAAAAUCAAAUGGGUCACGAAACGAUUCUUGGGAUAACAGUAACAGGUCUACGGGUGAUGGGUCUUGGACCAUUGGCCCUCAACACUCUAGUGAAAACAAAUGGAGUGAAGGGAACAAAAUGACAUCAGGGGUGUCUCAGGGAGAAUGGAAACAGCCGUCUGGGUCUGAUGAAUUGAAGAUUGGAGAAUGGAGUGGUCCAAACCAACCAAAUUCUAGCACUGGAGCAUGGGACAAUCAAAAGGGCCACCCCCUUCCUGAAAACCAAGGCAAUUCCCAGGCCCCCUGUUGGGGUAGAUCUUCCAGCUCUACAGGAAGUGAGGUUGGAGGUCAAAGCACUGGAAGCAACCAUAAAGCAGGAAGUAGUGACAGUCACAAUUCUGGACGUCGAUCAUAUAGGCCUACACAUCCUGAUUGCCAAGCAGUCUUGCAAACUUUGUUGAGCAGGACUGAUUUGGAUCCCCGAGUGCUUUCAAAUACUGGCUGGGGUCAAACUCAAAUCAAGCAAGAUACUGUUUGGGACAUAGAAGAGAUGCCAAGGGCAGAGGGAAAGACUGAUAAAGGAACUGAGGGGUGGGAGAGUUCUGCCAUUCAGACAAAGAGCUCAGGGGGCUGGGGAGAUGCACCCAGCCAAAGCAAUCAAAUCAAGUCUGGAUGGGGUGAACUCUCUACUCCGACAGAGUGGAAAGAGCCCAAAAACACUGGAGGAUGGAAUGAUUUCAAGAACAGUUCUAAUUGGGGAGGAGGAAGACCAGAAGAAAAGGUGACAACAUCUUGGAAUGAGAAUUCCAACAAAGACCCAGGGUGGAAUGGACGGCCACCUAAUCAAGGGUGGUCUUCUGGAAAGAAUGGCUGGGGAGAGGAAGUUGACCAAACAAAAAAUAGUAACUGGGAAAGUUCAGGAAACAAGUCAAUGUCAGGCUGGGGUGAAGCUGGUCAAAAUGAGAUUGGGACUUGGGGUAAUGGUGCAAAUACAAACUGUUCCUCAAAAGGAGGGUGGGAUAAUAGUAAAAGAACUCCAACAUGGAAUGAUUCUGGUAGACAAGCCAAUUCCUGGAAUAAUCAGCAACAGCAACACCAUCCGCAGUCAGAAACACCUGGCUCCUGGGGCCCACCACCACCACAGCCUCCAGGAAAUGGGAGGCCACCCAAUCCUAACUGGAACAGUGGGCCACAGCCAACUGCCUCAAAGGAUGAGGAACCCAGUGGCUGGGAAGAACCAUCCCCCCAAUCAAUUAGUCGAAAAAUGGAUAUUGAUGAUGGCACUUCAGCGUGGGGAGAUCCCAGCAGUUACAACUACAAGAAUGUGAACCUGUGGGACAAGAACUCACAAGGUGGACAAGCUUCACGAGAACAGAAUCUGCCAACACCAAGGCCCAGCAAAGUAGCACCCUCAGUCUGGAACAAAAGCACACCUCCUGCUCCAGAUAAUGGUACAGCUGCUUGGGGUGAACCAAAUGAAACCAGCCCUGGAUGGGGUGAAGCUGAUGAUACAGGGGCUUCUACAGGUUGGGGAAAUGGACCCUCCACUGCACCAAAUGCCAUAAAACCUAGUUCCAAACCACCUCAAGAUGGUUGGGGGGAUAAUGAUGGGCCAGUAUCAGGAACAAGGCAUUCCAGCUGGGAAGAAGAGGAGGAAGGAGGAGUCUGGAACACAGCAGGCUCUCAGGGAAGCAGUUCCUCCCAUAAUUCAACAAGCUGGGGACAAGGAGGAAAGAAACCACAGAUUAAGUGUUCGUUAAAAGGAGGAAGCAGUGAUUCGUGGAUGAAUUCCUUAUCUGAUCAGAUUUCAAAUAUGGGAUUACUAAAUCAAACUGAAGACACUCCAGGCAGUAAAAUGGACUUAUCAGUAGGUGGUCUCCAAGAUAAGAAAUUUGAUGUGGAUAAACGAGGGAUGAAUCUCGGGGAUUUUAAUGACAUUAUGAGAAAGAGUCGGCCAGGUUUUCGUCCUCCUAAUUCCAAAGACAUGGGAACCCCAGAUAGUGGGCCUUACUUUGAAAAGCUGACUUUGCCUUUCUCCAAUCAAGAUGGGUGCCUUGGGGAUGAGGCUCCCUGCUCUCCCUUCUCCCCUUCUCCCAACUACAAGCUUUCUCCCUCUGGUUCCACACUACCCGUCUGCCUUGGGGCAAUCGGCUCAGGGCUCAACCCCCAAAACUUCGCUGCUAGACAAGGUGGCAAUCAAGGUCUGUUUGGAAACAGCACAGCACAAUCGAGAGGAAUGCACCCACCAGUGCAACCGCUAAACCCUUCACCUAAUAUCCGGGCACAAGUGCCUCCCCAAUUUCUUUCUCCCCAGGUUUCUGCCUCCAUGCUCAAGCAAUUUCCUAACAGUGGUCUGAACCCAGGUCUUUUCAACAUGAAUCCCCAGCUUUCUCCUCAGCAGAUUGCUAUGUUGAGCCAACUUCCGCAGAUCCCCCAAUUUCAGCUUGCUUGUCAACUCAUCCUCCAGCAACAGCAGCAGCAGCAGCAACAACAACAACAACAACUGUUACAGAGUCAAAGAAAGAUUUCCCAAGUAGUACGACAACAGCAAGAACAGCAGAUUGCCCGUAUGGUGAAUGCCUUUCAGCCACAACAGAGGCAGCCUGGCAUGAAACAUUCUCCAUCCCAUCCAGUUGGGCCUAAACAUUUAGACAGCAUAGUACCUGGUGGUCUGAAUGUGAGUCUCUCAGAUAUACCAACCAAAGGGCAAAUUCCUGGAUAUAGUUCAGGUUUUGGUUCAAGUGGCAUGGAUUAUGGCAUGGUAGGAGGGAAAGAAACUGGAACAGAAUCUCGCUUUAAACAAUGGACUUCUAUGAUGGAUGGAUUGCCAUCUGUAGCUUCCCAAGAUGCCAAUAUGCACAAAAAUGGGACGAUUGUGCCCCCUGGAAAAGUACGAGGUGCAUCGCCCUAUAACCAAUUUGAUAUAAUCCCUGGCGACCCACUGGGCAGCCACACAGGUCCUGCUGGAGAUAGUUGGUUACCUGCCAAAUCUCCACCAACAAGUAAGAUUGGAAGCAAAUCCAGCAAUGCCAGUUGGCCUCCAGAGUUUCAGCCAGGAGUGCCAUGGAAAGGUAUUCCAAACAUUGACCCUGAAUCUGAUCCCUAUGUGACCCCAGGAAGUGUGCUGGGGGGUACAGCCACAUCCCCCAUUGUAGAUACUGAUCACCAACUUCUGCGGGACAACACCACAGGGUCUAAUUCUUCCCUCAACACCUCGCUGCCUUCACCUGGUGCCUGGCCCUACAGUGCCUCUGACAAUUCCUUCACAAAUGUUCAUAGCACUUCAGCAAAGUUCAGUGAUUACAAAUCAACAUGGUCCCCAGACCCCAUAGGAUCCAAUCCCCCUCAUCUCUCCAACAAGUGGAGAAACAAUAUUUCCUCAAGAAACACUACAGGGCUACCCCGCCCACCUCCUGGUCUGAGUAAUCCAAAACCAUCCUCUCCCUGGAGCAGCACAGCACCCCGCUCACUCAGGGGGUGGGGGGCACAGGAUUCAAGGCUUGCCUCUGCCUCUACCUGGAGUGAUGGUGGAUCUGUUCGUCCCAGCUACUGGCUGGUUCUUCACAAUCUCACUCCGCAGAUUGAUGGGUCAACUUUGAGGACCAUCUGCAUGCAGCAUGGUCCACUGCUGACAUUCCAUCUCAACCUGACCCAAGGCACCGCCCUUAUCCGAUACAGCACCAAGCAGGAGGCAGCCAAGGCCCAGACUGCACUGCACAUGUGUGUUUUGGGAAACACUACCAUCUUGGCUGAGUUUGCCACAGACGAGGAGGUUAGUCGCUUUCUGGCACAAGCUCAGCCUUCUACACCUGCAGCAACACCCAGCACACCUGCAGCAGGCUGGCAGUCUCUAGAGACAGGACAGAAUCAGACAGAUCCAGUUGGACCUGCUUUGAAUCUUUUUGGUGGGUCAACAGGGCUUGGGCAGUGGAGCAGCGGUGGUGGCAGCAGCAGUGGGGGUGACCUUGCUGGUGCUUCAUUAUGGGCCUCCCCAAAUUACUCUUCAAGCUUGUGGGGGGUUCAGAGUGUAGAAGAUCCCCACAGGAUGGGAAGCCCUGCUCCCUUACUACCUGGAGACCUUCUAGGCGGAGGGUCGGAUUCAAUCUGAACUUAAAACUUUCAACUCUGACCUCGUGACCUUUUUUGGAACAGCAGCAGCACUAACUUGACCUUUUCUUUUUUUUCAACUUGCAAUAAAUACAUUUUAAAAGGAAAAAAGAAAAUGGAGAGAGAAAAAAAGGUGGGUCAUUGACAGGACUGUCUGAGCACAUAGUUGCCUCCCUUAUAACUUCAGUUUUUUCGUUUGGAAUAUGAAUCCAAAAAGAGAACAUAUCACUCUUGAAAUACUUGAAUCAUGAACGCCAACUUAGAAAGACAAUGUGAAGCAAGUACACAUACCAUUCAAAUCUAAACACAAAAAAUUAAAAAAAAUUAGUUUCUAGUUUUUCACUUUUUCAUGUUAUACGGAAGUUGUUGCUAAGAAACAUAUAUACUGAAAAAUAGCUUUUUAACUUUGUUUGCACUGGGUGUGUUUCCGUCCUUAGGUCUACUAUGUCGGGAAGGGGCAGGGUUCAAAAGAAUUGGGGGUGGGGUGGGAGGGGAAGACUUGACGGAGCCUCACUUUAAAAAACAAAAAAAAGGAAAAAAAAACACUUUGUGAUUGGCUGGUUGAUAUAUACCAGUACGUUCUGGCACAUGUAACUGCCCCGUGUGUGUGUGUGUGUGUGUGUGUUUCUGUGAGAGCGUGUAUGUGAGCAUGAUUGUGUGCGUGGGUGCGCAUUUUUGUCUUGGAAAGCUGCAUUGCUGUUGGUCAGCAACCUACCUGGCUAGACUCUUAAACUGAAUAAUGAUGGUGCCUGUGACUGGUGCAAAAUCAAAUUGACCUGUGUUAAAAUCUGUCAGUUGGUGGUAUUUUUAUUUUAGCAGGGUAUUCAGCGCAGUACAGAUCUUGUUCUGACCCUGUCAUAGAGCAAAACACUGCCAUAUCCUAAGGAUUUGGUGAGAGGGGUGCCAGUGUGGGAGUUCAGGGUUUUGAGGGUGGGGAGGGGGGUGAUCUGUUUUGCCUAGAAGUGUAUUUGUGUCUCUAAUGAGACUUUUUGAGUGAACCCAAGCUUACUUUUUAUGACAAGGCCUUUCACCUUUUGGGGGACACCAGGGGGUAAUGGGCAUCGCAUUUCUUUGUGACAAAGACCUAUGUAAUAGUUGAAGCUUCUGCAGUCCUUAAGAACCAAAUCCUCAAGUCUGCAUACUAAGGUUCUUUAUCCUUUCAUGGAAAAUCCACCAAAAUUCAGGCCUAACUCUAUUUUCUUAAGUGGUCUGCUGUUUGUGACAAAACUAAAAUGUCAGUAGUUUGCUGGCCUAUCUUGUAUUUGAAAGCACAUGCAGCAACUUUUGUUCUCCUUUCUCCAUAGUGAGCGUUACCUGUGCCAGGCCUAGGUGUAUUACAGCACCAGACCAUCACUGACAGAAACGUUUACUUACGAAUGUUCUUAAACCAGUGUGUACUUUGAGCAUUUUUUCUCUCUGUGUAUUUCCUGUGUAUGUCUUGCUUAGGCUUUGCUUAGGCAGGCAUAUGACUAGCAAAGACUUCUUUUGUUUAUAAAGUAUUGCACCUUUAUUAUUUUUACUUUUCCCUGUACUGUUGCUUUUUAUUGUCGGUAUUUAAAGAAAGGUUGUAUGUUGUUGAUGUUGUUGUUGAUGUUGUUGUUGUUUUAUUUUUUUAAACAACAGUGUAGUAGUACUCUGGGCAGGAUAGGGGAGACCUAUACUUAAUUCAGAAGAUAGCCAGUGUGUGCACUGGGACAGAAUUGCUUGUUGUGAAGAAAGCCGUAGCAAACAUUGCCUUUACACAAAGCAAUUUUGAAGAUGGGCAGACAUGAUAAGAACAGGAAGAAGGAGGCAUUAUUCUUUGAAGUGUUAGAACUUAGCUCUGGAUUUUUACUAGCUCUGCAUUAUACUGAAUAACAGAAGUGCUGCAAUAUUCUGUACCAGCAAAUAGCUACAUAACUCCGGUACUUGGAAGUAGCAGAUCAUACUGUACAGGAUCACAACGGAAGAUUCUUUCUCCUUCAGCAGUUUCAUUUAAAAAAAAAAAAUCAGUGGUGUCUGCUAUAUAAGCAUAAGUAUUGAUAGCAAAAUUAAAGCAAAAAAUUCCUCACAUUUAUGUAGAAAGGGAGGAGUUGUGAAUUCUGUACAUGAAGUCGGUUUCACAGGAAGACUAAAUAAGGGGAUUACUGCAUUUACAUCUGCCUGUUACUUUGCUGUGAAGUUGAGUGGUAAACAUAGACAGGUGUUGCGUAUUUAACCUUCAGAAUCUGCAGCAUAUGUGGAUCUUUUAAGUGUUUCCCCAUUUCUCCCUUUGUCAUUGUAUCUUGUAAGUUGAAGCAAAAUGUUCCCUCCAUUCCUGCCAGUUAAGUUUCCCUUGCAUCCCCUACACAUGCCUGCUCCUAAAACAGCUGUAUUUGUCUCUGGGGCCUCAGUGUUGAAAGCAUGCAGGACAAACUAUUUUUUUAAAAAAGCUCUGAGCUGGGAGGACAUCGGAAUACUGCACCUCAUGGCCUAGAAAACAGCUAUGUGCUCCAAUAUGUGACUUGACACACAAGCAGGUUCACUACUGUGUUAUCACUCUCUCCCAACCUGCCCUAUGGUCCCUUUGCCUGCACUUUGGGUUUGUUGAGUUCAUUACGAUACUACGGUGAAAGCCGGGUGCUAGAGCCCCUCUUGUUUACAAGACAUAAUGAGGGAUAUGACGUAUUUAAAAAAUGAAAAGCUAAAAUGUUCUUCCAUCACAAGCUUAAAGGGAAAAAAUUAAAAACUUUUUUUAAAAAAGACCAAAAAGUGCGUGUGCAUAUAUAAAUAUAUAUAUAUAUAUAAGAUGAAGACUAACUCUGGGAGCAUUUAACAGUGUUUUUGUGUUUUAACAUUUAUUUUCCUGCUUUAAAUUUGCAAGCAUUCUCAGGAAUUCUAGGGUAGGAAGCCAGUUUUCGAAGAUGGUUUAUUUAACCUAUACCUUAUCCUAGAUAGAUAGAUGGUUGUUUCUUUCAUAAACUUUUACAAGUUCCUGAAUCUUCAAAAAGUUUAAAAGUUUUUUCUUUACAAAAAGCAAAAAAAAUGAAAAACAAAAUCUAACUAAUACAAACUCCAAUUGUCAGAACUGGGGAUCAAAAAAUUUUUAAAGUACAAAUUGAUUACAAAAGAAUUCUCAGUAGCAGCAACACAAAUUCAUUGUAUUCUUAGAAAUCCAAGUUGUGAAAAGAUUUAUACCUUUAGAGCUUAGUCUCAAGUGGAAGUGCGUGUGCAGAUGAGAGUGGGGGAGAGGAUUGCGUAUGAAUGAAAUUAUAAUCAUCUAGUUGUUUCACAGUGAAAAUAAAAUCUUCCUCCAAGCACCUUUUUAAAAUAAAAAGUU